AUAGGAGUGUGAGGGAUAGACCCCAUUAAGACCAGAAGCAGUCAGAAUUUUCCAAUAAUUGUACCAGUUCUUCUCUCUAUUCUUCUCACUCUCUCUAUCUCUCUUUCAUUUUAGAUAUUUUCUCUUACGAACACACUCAAAUCCUCAUUGCUUUCCUCUCUCCAUGGAAGCUACUGAGUUAUGAUCCUUACCCUCACCUGUCUUUAACUAUGCUUAGAAACAAACCUAGAGCUGCCGUGACCAAGAAACAAACAUCUCUAUUAAUGGCUGAUCAACCCCCAUCUUCAAAGCCUAGCACUUGCCACUGCUCAUCAUCUCUCUUUUGCUCUCCAAAGUUUAGGUUUUUCACUUCAAAGAUGAUGAGUACUCCUUUUGACUCUGAUUUCUCCCUCGUCAGCCCUACGUCAAUCCUCGAAGCUAACCCAUCCAUCUUCUCCUCCAAAAUCCCUAAACCCGUUUCCUAUUUCGAGCCCACUAUCCCUAAUCCCCAACGUUUUCACACAGCAGACGUCUUUGGCCUCGCCGAUCUCGUCAAGUACGCAGACAGUAACAGAGACCACUCGAGGAAACCUGUCAACAAGAUGGUCCUUUUCGGGUCGAAGCUCAGAGUCCAGAUCCCAUCAGCUGAUUUUGGAACUAAAACCGGCAUGAGAUAUCCUGGUCAUGGACAGGGACAACUCAGUCCUUGUGUCCAAACGAAGGUCUUAGCCGUGAGCGAGAUUGACCACACGGAGGACUACACGCGCGUCAUAUCCCACGGUCCAAACCCAACCAUCACUCAUAUCUUCGACAACUCUGUUUUCGUGGAGGCUACUCCUUUUUGCUCUGUUCCUUUACACCCACCACCAGCUAUGGAGACCAAGCGCACGGAUAGUUUUCUAAGCUAUUGCUACACCUGCAAGAAGAAUCUUGACCAGAAACAGGACAUCUAUAUAUACAGAGGAGAGAAAGGUUUUUGCAGCAGCGAGUGCAGGUACCAGGAGAUGCUUCUUGAUCAAAUGGAGACCUAGCGCUCUUUUCUUCUUUCUUUUUUUUUUUUUUGCUAUAUUGAUUUUGUCACAGCAUCAUCUACUUUUGUAUUAUUCUUUUAGUUCUCUGCUUCUUCUGCAUCUCUUUUUUUUUUUUUUUUUUUAUUUUGGUGGGGGUAUUUGUAUUUCUAGUCAUAACCUUUCUCGCCUGCAGAUAUGUGAAAGAUAGAGAGAGAGUUGAUAACUUUUUUUUUCUUUGUGUCAUGAGAGUGAGGGACUUGGAGGGCUGAAUAAUAUCAUAAAUUUGCAGAUUACUACGAUCUGAAUCAAAAA